GUGCCCCUUGACUUUUGAACACUUUCAUCACUCUGUCAACAAAUGGCAGAAUUGAAUGCAUCAGCACAUCUGCCUUCAUAAUUACAGAUUUUCCUUUCCAUGUCUUGCUCUUGAACCUGCUCAGUUUCAAACAAAGGAUCAUAAAGCAAAGGUUCUUUCUUCUUUGUACUUGUGUAUUUGUACUGGGUUGUAGCUUUGGAUUUACUCUGCUGAUUGGAUUUGUGGGUCGUUUUCUGUUUCUUGGCAUCUCUUGCUGAUGUUUGGUUUUCUUGCAAAUUCUGUUGAAACCAUAAUCUGGGUAUUUACUGAGCUUUGUUGAUUUGUUGAAUUUGAGCUGAUGAAGGUGUCUUUGAUCCGUAGAUAGUGGUUUCCUUAAUGUAUUACUCUGAUGUAAGAGAAGAAAGUUGGAAGGGAUCCUCCAAUUGUGUUUUUGAUGGAUUCAAAAACUCAGUUUUGACUUUUGAGCAUUUCUUUAGAAUUAUGGAACCAGCAAAUUUGGUUGAAACCACAAUCUGGGUAUUUUCAUGAAUUUUGUUGAUUUGUUGACUUUGAACUGUUGGAGGUGCCUUUGAUCCAUAGAUAGUUAUUUUUGAAUUAUAUACCUCUGAUCUCAGAGAAGAAAAUUGAAGGAGCUCCUUUAGUUGUUUUGGGGAUGGAUUCAGAAUCAGUUGAGGAUUUUUAUAGCGUUGGAUCUGCCUUGAGUUCAUCAUCAAGAAGGAGCAAUUUUUCUAUCCAGUCCAAAGCUUCGGGUAGGAAUUCAAUUAGGGAGGCCAAUUUUGGUGGUUUGGAACCAAAAUCUGUUAGAUAUGGGUCUCACGGAGCUAAUUCAGAGACAAAUAGCAUUAGCAUGUCACAAAAAGAGAUCGAUGUUGAAGAUGCUAGGCUGGUACACAUAAAUGAUCCUUUUCUGACAAAUGAGAGGUUUGAGUUUUCCGGGAAUUCGAUUCGGACCGGAAAGUACUCAAUCCUAACAUUUUUGCCGAGGAACUUGUUUGAGCAGUUUCAUAGAGUUGCCUAUAUAUACUUUCUUGUGAUUGCUGUGCUUAAUCAGCUGCCUCAGCUUGCAGUAUUUGGCCGUGGAGUUUCCAUUCUGCCAUUGGCAUUUGUCCUUCUGGUUACAGCAGUUAAGGAUGCAUAUGAGGACCAUAGGCGCCAUAAGUCGGACCGGAUUGAGAAUAAUAGGCUAGCCUCAGUUUUGGUGAAUGAUCAGUUUCAACAAAAGAAAUGGAAGAACAUUCAGGUUGGUGAGAUUAUCAAGAUUUAUGCAAAUGAAACCAUUCCUUGUGAUAUGGUUCUGCUCUCAACUAGUGAUCCAACUGGGGUUGCAUACAUACAGACUAUUAAUUUGGAUGGAGAAUCGAAUUUGAAGACACGGUAUGCAAAACAAGAGACCCUUAUCAAGAUUCCUGAGAAGGAUAAGAUUACUGGGUUGAUUAAAUGUGAGAAACCCAACAGGAACAUAUAUGGGUUUCAAGCGAACAUGGAAGUUGAUGGGAAACGACUGUCACUUGGUCCUUCCAACAUUAUUCUUCGUGGCUGUGAGCUCAAAAAUACUGCUUGGGCAGUUGGGGUUGCAGUCUAUGCUGGCCGUGAGACGAAAGCUAUACUUAACAGCUCAGGAGCCCCAUCUAAGAGGAGCCGGCUUGAGACUCAUAUGAACUUGGAGAUCAUCUUCCUCUCACUGUUUCUUAUUGCUUUGUGUACAGUUGUCUCUGUCUGUACCACUGUUUGGUUGAGGCGCCAUAGGGACGAGUUGGAUUACAUGCCCUUUUAUAGAAGAAAGAAUUUCUCUAAAGGAGAAGAAGAGAACUAUAAUUAUUCUGGAUGGGGAUUGGAAAUUUGUUUCACAUUCCUCAUGUCAGUAAUUGUGUUCCAGGUCAUGAUUCCCAUUUCGCUGUAUAUUUCCAUGGAGCUAGUCCGGGUUGGUCAGGCUUACUUCAUGAUUCGAGAUACCCAGAUGUACGACGAGUCUUCAAAUUCAAGAUUUCAGUGCAGGGCUUUGAACAUAAAUGAGGACCUUGGACAAAUAAAAUAUGUUUUCUCUGACAAAACUGGUACACUUACAGAGAACAAGAUGGAAUUUCAGUGUGCAAGCAUUUGGGGAGUAGAUUACAGUGGUGGGAAAGCCAUUUCACUAGAUCAGAAAGAUGGUUACUUUGUGAAAGUGGAUGGAAGUGUUUUGAGGCCUAAGAUAAAGGUUAAGACUGUUCCAGAUCUUCUACAACUUGCAAGGAACGGAAAAGAAACAGAAGAAGGCAGUCAUGUCCACAAUUUCUUCCUGGCACUGGCAGCUUGCAAUACAAUUGUGCCUCUAAUUGUAGAUACGCCUGAUCCUACCGUGAAGUUGAUAGAUUACCAAGGGGAAUCUCCAGAUGAACAAGCAUUGGUUUAUGCUGCUGCUUCAUAUGGAUUUAUGCUGAUAGAACGAACCUCUGGUCAUGUUAUGAUCGACAUUCAAGGAGAAAGGCAAAGGUUUGAUGUUUUGGGUUUGCAUGAGUUUGAUAGUGAUCGGAAGAGAAUGUCUGUUAUUUUGGGGUUCUCAGACAAAUCUGUAAAAGUUUUUGUAAAAGGAGCCGACACAUCAAUGUUUAGUGUCGCAGAUAGAUCUAUGAAUAAAAAUGUAAUAUGCACAACUGAAGCCAAUCUUUACUCUUACUCCUCAUUAGGCUUGAGAACACUUGUUGUCGGGAUGAGAGAGCUGAGUACUUCAGAAUUCAAGGAAUGGCACUCUGCAUUUGAAAUAGCAAGUACUGCUUUAAUGGGUAGAGCUAGUUUGCUUCGGAAGGUUGCAAGCAAUAUAGAAAAAAAUCUAUGUAUACUAGGUGCCUCUGGUAUUGAAGAUAAACUGCAACAAGGAGUGCCAGAAGCCAUUGAGUCUCUUAGAACAGCCGGGAUAAAAGUAUGGGUGUUGACUGGGGACAAGCAAGAAACUGCCAUAUCAAUUGGGUACUCCUCCAGGCUCUUGACUAGUAAAAUGACACAAAUUAUUAUUAACAGAAAAUCAAAGGAGUCAUGUAGAAAGAGUUUAGAAGAUGCCAUCAUUAUGUCUAAGAAGCUCACAACUAUAUCAGGCACUACAAAUGACACAGGAGGAAUGUCGGGAGCUGGUUUAACUCCCAUAGCCUUGAUUAUUGAUGGCAGCAGCCUUGUAUAUAUUCUUGACAGUGAACUGGAAGAAAGCCUCUUCCAGUUAGCGUGUAAUUGUUCUGUGGUUUUGUGUUGUCGGGUAGCCCCGUUACAAAAAGCUGGAAUUGUGGCCCUUAUAAAGAAGAGGACUUCAGACAUGACACUUGCCAUUGGGGAUGGUGCCAAUGAUGUUUCAAUGAUCCAAAUGGCAGAUGUCGGGGUUGGAAUCAGUGGCCAAGAAGGUAGGCAAGCUGUAAUGGCAUCAGAUUUUGCGAUGGGGCAAUUCAGAUUCUUAGUCCCUCUUUUGUUGGUCCAUGGCCAUUGGAAUUACCAGAGGAUGGGCUACAUGAUCCUUUACAAUUUUUACAGGAAUGCUGUGUUUGUCCUUGUUUUAUUUUGGUAUGUGCUUUUUACUUGUUUCACUUUGACCACUGCAAUCACUGAGUGGAGCAGUGUGUUGUAUUCCAUAAUCUACACAUCGUUGCCUACGAUUGUGGUCGGUAUUCUUGAUAAGGACCUGAGCCGAAGGACUCUUUUAAAGUACCCUCAUCUGUAUAGUGCUGGGCAAAGACAUGAAUGCUACAACAAAAAGCUUUUCUGGAUAACAAUGAUAGAUACUUUCUGGCAAAGUGCAGUUGCCUUUUUUAUUCCUCUUCUUUCUUAUUGGGGCAGCACCGUUGACGCAUCGAGCAUAGGGGAUCUUUGGACCCUUGCGGUUGUCAUAUUGGUGAAUUUACAUUUGGCCAUGGAUGUCAUGCGGUGGAAUUGGUUAACUCAUGCAGCCAUUUGGGGAUCUAUAAUCGCAACUUUCAUUUGUGUUAUCGUUAUUGAUUCUUUACCAUUUUUAGUUGGUUACUGGGCCAUCUUCGAAAUUGCAAAGACUGGAUUGUUCUGGUUGUGUUUGCUUGCCAUCAUUGUGGCUGCACUAAUUCCCCGUUUUGUAGUGAAAUUUCUUUAUCAGUUGUAUGUACCUUCCGAUGCUCAUAUAGCAAGAGAAAUCGAAAAGUACCGGACUCAGACUGAAUCUGGAGCUGUCGGAAGAGAAAUGAAUUCAUUCUUGGACGCUCCCAGGAGAUGAUAAAGGGUGAUUUUGUUCUUAUUCAAUCUUGGACUCUUCAUUUUUCUUGAAGUAACCAUGUUCGACACUCGUAUAUGACUCAUAUUCGAAUGUGGGUAUGGUGAAGGGCCCACCAAAUCCAUAGGAGAAU